AUGAAGCCCCCGAGACGCCUGGGAGCCGCCGUCGCCGCCGCGCUGCUCGUGGCCACGACGCUGCUCGUCUCCACCGUCCUCAGAUCGCCGCUGCCGCUGCUUCCUUUGCUCCCAUGCCUGCCCGCCGUCACAGCCCCCUCGGGAUCCGGCUACGAGCCGACCGGCCUCGCCGCGCUCGCCGACGCCGCCGUCUACUACGCCACCACGCCGACGGUGCCGCAGCAGUCGCGCGCCGAGAUCGCUCUCUCCCUCGCCGUGCUCCGCCGCCGAGCGCCGGCGCGGGUGCUGGUGUUCGGCCUCGGCCACGACUCGCCGCUCUGGCACGCGCUCAACCCCGGCGGCGUCACCGUGUUCCUGGAGGAGGACCCCAAGUGGUACCGCGUGGUGCGCUCGCGGUCGCCGUUCCUGCGGGCCCACCUCGUCAGCUACCGCACGCGGCUCGACCAGGCCGACCACCUCCUCGAAUCCUACCGGCGGUCCCCCUCGUGCGUCCCCGGCGCCGGCGCCGAGCCCGCCGUCCGGGGCAACGCGGCGUGCCCGCUGGCCCUGCACGACCUGCCGGCGGAGGUGUACGAGAGCGAGUGGGACAUGAUCAUGCUGGACGCCCCCAAGGGGUACUUCGCGUCGGCCCCGGGGAGGAUGGCGGCGAUAUGGACGGCGACGGCGAUGGCGCGGGCCAGGCGCGGCGAGGGGGACACCGAUGUGUUCCUGCACGACGUGGACCGCAAGGUGGAGAAGGCUUACGCCGAGGAGUUCCUCUGCGAUAGGUUCAAAGUGGAAGCGGCCGGCCGGCUAUGGCAUUUCAGCAUCCCGCCGAUGUCGCGGCGGGAGAACACGACGACGGCUGGCGAUGGCACGAGGCCGUUUUGCUGACUCCUACGAACAGCGGAAGGCUCGAGAUUUUUAUUUUUAUUUAUUUUUUAGUCCGUACAUGGAAAGUUCAGGCUUAAACAGGCAUGGGACAGACGUGGAGCCUAGAGGAAUAUAAUCACUGAUUGAUCUACACAACA